ACCAGAAACGCAGAUCACACCUUUAAAGUUCCUGCAACGGACUAGUAGAGAGAGUUUGUUAGACACUGAAAACCCAUUCCUUCAUCAAAAAGUUGAAAAUUUUGAACUCUCUCUCCAAAUUCGCAUUUGAAAAUUCAGUUUGAGAAAAAGGAGAGAUGGAAAAUACGACGGAGUUCGAGCACUUCGACGUGGUGUCAGACGAUUCCGAUCACCACUUUCUGGGUUCAAAGAAGGGAAAAUGGUUCAGCGAUUCAAAGAGUACAGUGUACAAAACCAUCGUGAGAGAGUGGAAGAUUCUCCAGCAGAACUUACCGGAAUCAAUCUAUGUCAGAGUCUACGAGCAACGCAUUGAUCUAAUGAGGGCUGUGAUCGUAGGCGCUGCGGGCACACCGUAUCACGAUGGUCUCUUCUUCUUCGACAUCGUGUUCCCUUCCGAUUAUCCGAGGAACCCUCCGAAGCUGUAUUACCACUCCUUCGGGUACAGAAUGAACCCGAACCUCUACACGAACGGGAAAGUGUGCCUGAGUCUGUUGAACACGUGGUACGGGAGAAAGAAGGAGAAGUGGGACCCGCGUGAGUCCACGAUGUUGCAAGUGUUGCUCUCGAUUCAAGCUCUGGUUCUGAACGAGAAACCAUUUUUCAACGAACCUGAGGCUGUGCCAUCGGAGAAGAAGUCACGUGCGUACAACGAGAACGUCUUCCUUAGUACUUGCGUCACCUCCUUCCAUCUGCUUAAGCGGCCGCCGCGGAACUUCGAGGCCUUCGUCAGAGAUCAUUUUCGCCGGCGGGCGUUUUCGAUUCUGGCGGCCUGCGGCGAAUACGCGAGUGGGCGCGUGGGAGUUGGGUAUUAUAAUUACCAUGACUUGCGUUUUCCGAUGGUCCAGGUUUCGAGGAGUUUCAAGGAGCGGAUGGUGGUGCUUUACCCUCGGCUCUUCGAAGCGUUUCGUCAGAAUGGUGCUUCUUUGGAGGGUUUGGCAGAACAAUUGGAGGUGCAGAGCCAAGAAUCCGAAACCAAAAGCAGUGGAGUCUUCAAAAAGAUAGUGGAAAAGAUAAAAAAGGCUUUCAGAUUCAGGAAAUUUGGUAAGAACAAAAUUAGCCAGAUGGACGGGAGAAAUCGUGGUCUUGAAAGUGUUUGAAAGUUAACCUAAUAUAAUUGAAGUAGUGUGCAUAUCUUAUUAUCAUGGCCUUUUCAUAAGAUUGAAUUGUUGAUUGGAAGAAAAAAAAAACUCAGGUCAUUGUAAUAGUUCAUGAUGCAAGUUUAGAUUGUGAUCUUAUCUCCAGUUAGACAGACUGCAAUGUUCAUGCAAUUUAAUUGUUUUUAAAAUUUACGCACUCAUUUGAUUUUUAUCUCAUUCUUGUUGCUUUUCAUCGCAAAAGUCAUUGUUUUACGAUUUCUCUCUCUCCUUUUAUCUCUUUCUGCAGUAUAUUCCACUCACCAUAACAAUUGCAUAUUCUUCUUUAAAAUGAAAUGAGAAGAAUUUGAGUGUAAUAAAUGACCGUUUUUACAUAAUUUUAUUUUAUCAAAUUUUCCAUAUUUUAUUUCCUCUCUACAAAAUAGAUCCUAAGAGCUUAGAGUCAUAGAAUUAAACGAAAUUCCAUAUUUAAAAGGGGCUAAUAACAGAUAAGAAAACAAAUCCAUAAAUGAUUUGUACCAUUUAUUUUUAUAAUUAACAAGGAAUGAACUGCUACCAUUUACAUAAUUCGUAACUAACAGUCGAAGUUCUCAGAUAUUGGAUGGAUUUAUGCUAGUAAAACCUCGAAUUUGUGGACCAGCAAAGUAUCGUCCCACAGAAAUUAGUUCUUGGUUAUCAAGAUUAGGCUAGUGCGUGAACUUUGCCCAAGAAAA